GAAAGCCUAUAAAUGGAGUGUUGUUUGUGAGUUGUCUUUUAGUGCACUUUUUUUCCCCCCCAUGUCCACGUUUUGUCACGGUCACUCAAGUAUUGCAGUGUGCAGUAUCCUGUGUUGUGUCUUUUUGUCCCUGUAGGAGAAAUGGAAGACAUGAAGAAUCAAUAUCCACUCAAUGGGAAUUGGGGGCAUCCACUACACCACACUAGACCAUUUCUCUAUGUUCCACAACCCACUCAACCUUAUUUCACAUCCUACCCAUGGAAUAUGAAUCCAUACAGUCAGUAUGGUUUUCCAUGGCCAGCCAUGUCGUAUGGACGAUACAUGGCACCAGUCCAAUAUAUGCAGCAGCCUUAUGUAGUUCCCCAGGCUCCCCUGUAUCCAACAGAUUACCGAAGAAGCUUCAGCCACCACUAUUCAUUUCCUUCAACCCAAGAUGGGAACUACCCUAACCAUGCUGAGCAGUCUUCCUUGCAGCGGGAGACUGCCUGUUCUGAGGCCCAAACAGAGCCAUAUGAUGUGGUCAGUGACACUGACCCACCUGCCGAGGAUUUAGGCUCAAACCGCGCAGUCGUUUCCUCAACCCCUGCUGCUGUUUUGUAUCCUGGAAAGGAAGAGGUGCCCAGUGGUUCAGAUAGACCAGUUUUGGAUGCACCUCUGCCUCAAAGAGUACGCUUUAACAGCCAGAAACAAGGAGACCCUGCCAUUCAGCAGUCAUCUCUCGGUGAAUCCUCUGCUGCGUUCUAUGAUGCCGAAUCCAGCCAGGGCUGUUUGGAGCAGUGCGUUCUCUCUGAUGUGAUGCCACUCGAUGGCUCCUCUAUUCAUGAUGUGUGCCUAACUGGGAAAGGGACAGAAUCUGACCAACCAUUGUUAUCGCAGAACCUCGCGGUGCAAGAUGGACAACAAAUGGAAGAUGGUGCGUCCACUCCCUAUCCUGACUCUGGAGUGCAUGAUUGUGGCCCUUCGAACCAGAGUCUUGAGUCAAAAGAGGCAAACAGCCCAUCCGAGAGUCUACAUUCCAAAGAUGACUCCAAUUUGGUGAGAGGUUCUGACCCCAUUCCAGAGGCUGAUUCUCCGGUAAGCCCAGGCUCUGGAGAUGUGGAGGACUUGCCUUUUCGCAUCCUCCGCCUGCCCUGCACUAAAAUGACCACAACCUCUCUGCUGGAGAAGUCUAAUCCCCUUUGGUGUGCAGAGAAGGUGAGCUCCCUGCUGCCUCCCGUCAGAAGCCUCCUGAGUACCGGCAGCUACAGCUAUUAUCCUCACGCAGACCAGGAGCGGCAGAGCGUCCUCAGUCCAUCUCUGGACGAGCUGUCCUCCAGAGACGAGCUGUUCACGGAUGUGGAGGAUGUGGACCUAGUCUCUGAGCCCGUCUGUGUCCAAGGCGACAGGCUGGACGAUGAGGGCAAUGACUCCUAUUCUGCGCUCCGUAAAGGGGAUUUGGGGAGUGCAGGUUCAGAGGAGCACUGCACAGCUUGCCAGGAGACUUGUUCCACCUGUGGCCUGAGCCUGAGGGCAUCGAGUCCCGAGUUUGCACACGCCGACUAUCCUGAGAUGACCGACUGCUGUGGCCGUAGUGGGGUGUUAGACGAAGCGGACUCGGUGGAGGGAGAAGAUGAAUGGAGUUCUUAUGAAGCCCAUGAGGUCCCGGUCAACUACCGGCCACAGUCCAGCAGGCGCUCUGCGUCGCCAUGUUACCGGGCUCCUACACACAGACCCAAACAGGAUUACUGUGGGGAAAGUGGAGGAACAGAUCGGGGUGAGCAGGGCCAUGGCUACUUGAGGGAGUGCUGUGAGCGCAAAGCCGUUGGCAGAACAGACAAGAAUACAGGAAGACCUUCACGCAGUGCUCCCCCAAGAUCCUACUCUGACAAACAGUGGGGUGACUGCACCACGGGCCCUGACAAAGAGGGCUGGGGUAACGGUGCUGGGAAACCCAAAGCAAAGCCAUGGAAACCUGGCAACAGGAACCAAGAACUGGGUUUGAAAGCUGCACGAAGAGGGUCCUCCUGCAAGAGGUUUGAGUUGCCGAAGCCCAGGCGGAAUGAAUUUGAUGACUAUAAUGACGCAGAGUGUUCCCAUUACAAAAGAGGCAGAGGGUCUGCAAAGAAAAAGGGCACAAGAUACUGAAUCAUGCUAAUAUGAACUGCUCUAAUAUUGUAAACUUUAAAUAUAUAUAUUUAUAUUCUUAUAACACCCUCUAUUCUAGGAAAUGUACACAAAGCACAUUGUAAUAAGACACCACUGUAAAUGUAUUUGUAAUGGACUGCAACAUUUCUUGGGCUGCGUUUCCAUUGUUUGUAUUGUACUUGAAUGCUAUGCAUUCAUCUUAAUCCUUCCUGAGGUGUGCAGUCACUGGGCUGUGUUAUGGCAGGUGCCUCUAAGCCCCUGCAUGGGCAAGGUCUGAUCUGGGAGGUGUAGGUUAGAACUUGCUUGAUGG